GUUGGCGGACCCGCAGAGCUGUCAUAAUUUUGUGGUUAACUUUUAUUAGGUAACCAAAAUCCGAUGGCUUCGCUCUUGAGGCAACUGGCAAGGACUGUACGUCCGUCUCUAGUGCGUAAUGGAGUAUGCAGCACGUCGGUACUAUAUAAGCACACAGAGUCCACCGAAGCCCCUGGAGAAACUCGACCGACCGUACGAAAGCCUGAUCUUCUGGCUCGCAGUCAGCUGAAAGACUUCGGUAAAUACGUUGCCGAAUGUCUGCCUAAAUACAUUCAAAAAGUGCAAAUAACAGCUGGAGAUGAGCUGGAGUUGUUGAUAGUGCCUGAAGGAGUUCUGCCAGUUUUGCAGUUUUUGAAGGAUCACCACAAUGCCCAGUUUGCUAAUAUCACAGACAUUACCGCAUUGGAUGUUCCAAGCAGGGAGUAUAGAUUCGAAUUGGUAUAUAACCUCCUGUCGCUUCGUUUCAAUUCGCGAAUUAGGGUCAAAACGUACACGGACGAGUUAACUCCAAUCGACUCUGCAUGUGAUAUAUACAAAGGCGCCAACUGGUAUGAGCGCGAGGUCUGGGACAUGUAUGGGGUGUUCUUCGCUAAUCAUCCAGAUUUAAGGCGUAUUCUUACGGAUUAUGGGUUCGAGGGACACCCUCAGAGGAAGGACUUCCCAUUGAGCGGUUAUGUUGAGGUUAGAUACGACGAUGAGAAGAAACGCGUGGUCGUCGAGCCCCUCGAACUGGCGCAAGAAUUCCGCAGGUUCGAGUUGUCGGCUCCCUGGGAGCAGUUCCCCAAUUUCAGGAACGCGCCGCCGGCUGCCGAAGAAAUUAAAGUCGAGGAGAAGAAGUAAGGUGUUAGGUAAAUAGUUCUGUUAAAUAAAUGACAAAUUCAA